ACGUGAUACGCGAAUAUGCCGCACCACAAUAUCGUUUGCGAGUGGCUGCGCACAAUUGGGCUGCCGCAGUAUGGCGAGAGCUUCCUUGAGAAUGGCUACGAUGAGCUGGAAAUAUGCAAGCAAAUUGGCGAAAUCGAUCUGGAUGCCAUUGGCGUGGACAAUCCCACGCACCGUGGCAAGCUACUGAAAAGCGUGCGUGCCCUGCGUGAGAAGGGCGCCGCCAUUGUCUAUGUGCUCAUCAAUGAUCCGAAGGCGCUCAGCAACAGCAACGAGAUACUUGCCUCCGACUGCGAUACGCCGAUUACCAUGAAGGAGCUGGAGGGGGUAAUGAAACGACAUCUGGAGGCAGAUGGCAUACGCCUCACAGCCCAUCCAUACUCCUCGCCGGAGGGCAAACGCGGCUACUUGGAAGGCCUGGCCGCGCAUUAUAGCAAACAGAUUAAUAUGCCCUACGACGAUGUCCUGGAUGCCAUUGAGCAGGUGCGUCUGUCGAAGUGGAAGGAACGACAUGUGCGCAUCUCGACGGGGCAUACGUUAACGCGUCGCAACGCUGGCGCUGGCAGUAGCAGCAGUGGAAGCAGCGGCGGGGGCGGUGGACUGGUUGGCUCCUCUGUGCUGCCGACCAGUCACAGCCAGCCGCUUUAUGUGCCCGGCAAGUAUUUGCCAUCGAGCUGCCUGUCGAAUCGCGAGGAGAACGAGAUCUAUAGCUAUACCCAGAACGAUUUGGCCAAUCGCAUGGCCCGCAAUGCCAUCGACUCCAAGUCGGCGCUCAAUUUGAAUGGAAUGCAGCACAGCUAUCCCGGGGCGCGCACCAAUUUCUUUUACGAUUUUUCGGCAACAGAGGGGCGCAACAAGAACAAACAGCGACGCACGGUAUUUGCGCGCUUCCUGCAGGGCCUGCGGCAAAGCGGAGACGAGCUCAAUGCCAACGAGGGCAUGCAACUAAAGACCAACGAGCGCUUGAAAAGCUGCGGCACCAUGAAACGACCCGAACCCCCGCAGGACUUUGAGAAGACCAUACAGCGACUUAAGACUCAGAAAGCUGCGCAAAAGAAACCAGCCAGCGCACCCAUGGAUAUUGCCCUGCACGAACGCAACAAGGAGGUGGCCCACAGUCUGGCCACGGAGAUGCCAUUGAAUAAUUAUACAAAGCAUCCCUAG